AUGGCAGCAGACAGCUGGAGCCGGAAACUGGUUGAUCACAUUUCUGUCAACAUAUGGGAACCCAAGAGAAUGAACGGCAAAACCCUGAAAGAUGCCACCAGAUUGCAGAAUUUGGAAUUAUCUAGAAGCACAUCAUCUAAUCUCACGUUUCCUGGGUCCCGUUCUAUAAAAGAGGCUUUCAGCUCCUCAGUAGAAGUGGCAGGAGAGGAGCCCAUGACAGCCGCUGAGACCUCGAGAUUCAGUUACUGCCGGCCCUUGCACCUGGGCCAGAGCCUGCCCUAUGGGGCGACCCCAGUCAUAUCCACAUAUCCUACAGACUAUCUUGCUAGAAACCUCAGAGAUGCUUUCAGCCAAGGCCUGCUGUCUGGGGGGAUUCUGGGCUUUCUGGAACACAUGCCUCUCCUGAGCUACGUGAGACCUGCAGGAAGCAAUGCUGGUGGCCUGGUCGGGGUGCUUGGAAAAGUGAUUUCAUCGAUCCCGAUCCUGAACAACAUCCUCGACAUAAGAGUCACUAAUCCCCAGCUGCUGGAAAUUGGUCUUGUGCAGAGCUAUGACUUCCACCGCCUCUACGUCACCAUCCCUCUGGGUUUUGAACUCAAAGUGAACACACUCGUGGUUGGAAGUCUGUUGGAGCUGGCUGUGAAGCUGGAUGUCACCGCAGAAGUCUAUGCUGUGAGAGACAUUUACGGGAGGAGCCGUCUGGUCAUUGGUGACUGCAUUCACUCUCCUGGCAGCCUGCGAAUCUCGCUGCUUAACAAACUCAGUCCCCUUCAAAGCCUGAUAGACAGCCUCACAGACGUCUUGACUAGAGUCCUUCCUGGCCUGGUGCAGGGUGUGGUAUGUCCUCUGGUCAACGGGAUUCUCAGCCUCUUGGAUGUCACCCUGAUGCAUGAUGUUGCUGACUUGCUGCUGCAUGGAGUACAAUUUGUCAUUAAGGCCUAA